AUGUCUUUAAAUAAGUUAGUCGGUGGCGAUUGUGGUGGUAAUAAUUCGCUUGUCCAGAUUUCCAAUAUUGUAGGUCGCGAUGCCUCUAUUGGGAAAACAUUUUCUCAAGCAGACAGAUUUGUCCACGAGUUCAUGAUGCAAAACUCUCAAGAGCCCCAAACAUUCAACAUGAAUAAACUGUUAAACAAUAUACCAAAAGUAGAUGGUAUAAAUAACAGUUUAGAAUCGAGAAGUAGAAAUGUACCAAUUCAAAGUUUUAAUGUGCAAACAAAUAUACCUUGGGGUGCUGGACCGUCCACUUCUCACAUGCCACAAACUAUGUUGAGACCCUUUGUUAUGCAACAUACUCCAGUUUUACGUAGCCAAGGACCGUCAAAUGUGCAAAUUGAAUAUAUUGAAGAAAGUGAAAUAACUAAUGUUGAUGUCCAUGCAAAAGCCCGAGAAUAUGUGGAAAGUGUCAAAAAUGAUGAUGAACUUGCUUACAAUGAAUUUAUGUCUUUUAUGAAAAAAAUUAGUGCUGGUGAACUAAAUUUUACUGAAACAGGUACAGGGGACCAAAAAUCCAAAGAUGAAAUUUUAGAUGAAAUGACUGAAAAAUAUAAAGAUGAGUGGGCCAAACUAAGUGAUGUAUCAGAUUACUGGUCUUCUGAAGAGGCUAAUGGAAUAGCUAAAGAAUAUAGUUUUACUGAAGGUAAUGUUAUGCUUGAAAAUAAGAGUGCUCUGGAAAUAGGUAAAGAAAAGCUUAAAAUGGGAGAUAUCCCAGGAGCAGUUUUGUGUUUUGAAGCAGCAGUGCAGCAAUCACCUGAUUCAGCUGAAGCAUGGUUUCUUUUAGGGACAACUCAAGCUGAAAAUGAACAGGAUCCUGCUGCGAUUACAGCAUUGAAGAAAUCUCUAGAAAUAGACCCGAGACAACUUGAAGCAUACAUUACUCUAGCUGCAGCAUAUACUAACGAAAAUAUGUCCAAGUAUGCAUACAUAUCUUUAUUGGAUUGGUUAAAGGCUAGCCCGAAAUACAGUGAUUUAUGUCCACAAGAUGUAGAUCCUAAAAAGUUAGAUUUGAAAAGUUUAGAGAAUCAUGUUAAAUCUUUGUAUCUAAAAGCUGCUCAAAUUUACCCUAAUCAAGUUGAUCCUAAUGUACAAAAUGCACUUGGAGUUGUGUUUAAUAUUAAUCAAGAGUAUGAUAAAGCUGUUGAUUGUUUUAAAACUGCUCUAAGUAUUGCAGAAGAUGAUCCAAGAUUGUGGAAUAGACUUGGUGCUACAUUAGCAAACAGUGAUAGAUCAGAAGAAGCUGUUGAAGCUUAUCACAGAGCAUUGCAUUUGGAACCUGGUUUUAUUAGAGCUCGUUAUAAUGUAGGAAUAACUUGUAUGAACUUGGGAGCUCAUAGAGAAGCAGCUGAACAUUUUUUAGUAGCUUUAAACCAACAGCUUAAAUCGAAAAGUUUACAAGCAGAUAUUAAAUCGGUUGAUACAAGUUCAUCUACAAUUUGGACUACAUUAAGAAUGGUUUGUUCAUUUAUGGGAGAACAUGAUGUGGCAAAGUUAGUGGAUGAAAGAAAUAUAACUGAACUAAAUAAAUUUUUUGGAGUAGACUAA